AUGCGGUUUAUCAAUCCUUUCGUCGAGGGUCAAGACUCAUCCCCGUGGUCGCGCACUUCCCUCGAAAACGGCUGCUACCGAGAUUUCAAAAAGGACGAACGCCCUAUUCUGGUAUCCAUCAGAUCUGCGAGGAGCUCCGUCUCUUCAUUCUUCAGCGAUGACCACAAAGAUAGCGGCAACCGCCCUCGCAGAAACGGCUAUAUAAUGUCGAUACUAUGCCUGAUGCUCCCGUCAUUCAUGUUCAGUCCAAUGAAGAACCACGCUGCCGAUGGCCGAAGGAGUUCAGUGUCUCAAGUCUACGAUUCCACGGCCUACUUAGAUGGCCUUCGCGGCUUAGCCUCAUUCAUUAUCUACAUUUCUCACUACUCUCAUCUUUGGUACCCCGAGCUUGGCCAAGGAUAUGGUUCGCCCGACGAUGGCUCAAUCGUCCGGCAGAAAUCAAUUGUCAGGGUUCUGCACUCCGGCCGGUCCGCCAUCACCACUCUUUUCGUCGUAUCCGGCUAUGUGCUCUCUAUCAGGGCCCUGACGAUGAUCUACAAGCACAAAGACGAGCAUCUUCUCCGGAACAUUGCAUCGUCUGUCUUGCGCCGUCCAAUUCGCCUGUACGCCCCCGUCGCUGUCUCUACAGCCAUCAUCGCCAUUAUGGUACACUUUGGCUUCUACAUCAGGGACCCAACAUCCGCGCCGUCUCCGCCAGUCAUCGACACUUUCGCCGGCCAAAUGCAGCAUUGGCUCGGGGACUUUGUCGGUCUGAUGAAUCCGUUCAAGCCCGUUGCUCACCAAGAUGACGCUGGGGUUAUGGCCUACAAUGGACACCUCUGGACUGUUCACGUCGCCAUCAAGGGCUCGCUGCUUGUCUUGGUCGUUCUCCUUGCUUCUUCAAUGGUGCACAAGUUUAUUCGCGCUACUGGGACAAUGCUUCUCACCGGCUGGCUCGUCCACCUCGGGGACUGGGAUAAGGCCCUCUUCCCCGCCGGACUUUUGCUGGCCGAGCUCUCCCUCGCUAUCCCUCCCAACGCGUUGCAUGACGUGCUCCCGCGAUGCAACACCUCAACCAGCCGGCGUGCGUUUGCGUACUUGAGCGGUACUUUCCGCCAUGUGUGGACGAUUGCCCUGUUUGUCUGCAGCCUUCAUCUCAUGUCUUACCCGGAGACAAAAGGAGCUUCGGCUUCAGGCUUUCACUGGCUGUCAUCGCAUGUCUUGCCAUGCUAUCGUGGCUCGGACGGUCAAGUGCAGCUUCACUGGAACGCCAUCGGCUCCAUUCUUUUCAUCAUUGCUUUGAUGUACUCACCCCAAAUCAAUAUCCGCCGCUCUGUCUCGGCUCUUUUGGGCGGGUGCAGAACCCGAUCACCCUGGCAUAAGACCAACACGGUCUUACACACGAGCGAGAAGGAAAAGCUGGAAGAGGAAUCGGCGCCAACCACCACUUACGAUCAGGGCGAGCCACUGCUCCAACGGCUCUUCACUACAGGUAUAGCCCAAUACCUCGGGCGCAUCUCUUACUCUCUCUACCUCUGGCACGGAUUCAUCAACCACGCAAUGGGCACGAGGUGGCUGGUUCCUGCUAACACCGCCUUGAUGAAUGCUCACUCUCUCGCCUCCGCGUCCCUCGAGGACCUCCCCCUCAAGAUGACUGGUUCGAUGUUUGAGAAGGCUUGGAGCGCGUAUGCUUUCUCGUUCUGGGGAAGCUUCAUCCUUAACACGUUGGUUCUUUUAUGGGUUAGCGACAUUUUCAACCGCGUGGUGGAUGUGCCGACAGUUAAGAUCGGGCGAUGGCUUGGCGAUAGGUGCUUCAAGAAGUUGUAA